ACGGCGACCAAGCAAACUCGCAUUGAAGUGACCAAGAAGAACGGCGCCAAGCUAGUAGCAGGAAUCAUAGGCUCGUCUGUGGGUGCGGGUGUAGGUACCUUGAUCAAGGCAGACCCUGGAGCAGGCCUGGGCAGCAUGCUGGGAGGUGUGGCAGCGUAUGCCAUUGUAGAUCAACUGAUGUGA